AUGCCUGGUUUGCGAGUAUCUGUCCAUACAGUGCCCCCGGUGCCUUGUGUUGAUCAUGUGUCACGUCGACAGGGCACAACAUGGUCCCCAGAGACUUGCACCUUGAUAUACUCCGAAAACGAGGCUGUCCUCGUCGAUACCGGAAUCACAAUCAACCAAAACAAGGAGUUGAUCAAGUGGAUCGAGGCGACUGCACCAGGACGCAAACUUUCCUUCAUUUAUAUCACGCAUGGUCAUGCGGAUCAAUUCCUAGGUCUGCCCCUGCUGCUGCAGCGCUUUCCAGAGGCACAUUCGGUCGCAACUGAAGGUACGGUGCGGCAUAUCGAGCAGCAGCCGCCGAAGGCGCUUCCAAAAGACAACAAGUUUGUGCUGAAAAACCGGUGGACUUUCGAGGCAGUUGAAUGCGGGCACUCCGAUACCUUCGACUCCACGAUUCUCUGGGUUCCCGACCUGAGACUCGCUGUGUGUGGUGACGUUGUGUACGGAGAUGUGCAUCAAAUGCUUUUGGAGGCAAACAGCCCGGAAAAGCGGCAGGAAUGGAUCAGGGCUGUUGAAAAAGUCGAGGCCCUCGACCUAGUAUACGUGGUCCCGGGUCAUCGGAAAGCAGACGAAAUGGACAGUAUUUGGCACCUGGAAUCAACGAAGCAGUAUAUCAGAGAUUUUAUUUCUGUGCUGGAGAAAAAUCCACGUACUGUGACCGAUGUAUUUUCUUCCAUGGUCGCGAAUUACCCUCAUCGUUUCAACCCUAUGGUAUUGGGUUGGGGUUGCGCCUGCGCACGGAGAAGUGCCCUUGGUUGA